AUGACUAUAAUAAGUGGUUUAUGUAGCUUAUUAGCUAUAAGUCUAUUAUCCCCUGUUCAAAGUAUAGUAGCUUUAAUUUGUCUAUUUAUUAGUGUCGCUAUUGGUUUAUAUUCUAAUGGUUAUAUCCUUAUGGGUAUAUUAUAUAUCUUAAUAUAUGUCGGUGCUAUAGCUAUUUUAUUCUUAUUUAUAUUAUCUUUAUUAAAUAUUGAUUAUAAAUAUACUGGUUCUAUACAUCCUUUAAUAUUAACUAUAUUAUUAAUAUGUUUAAUACCAUUAGAUUUAACAUAUAGUUCAACUAAUUAUCAUUUAAUUGAGAAUCUAUCUCCUAUUAUAUAUAAUGAUUGAGAUUUAGAAUUAAUGACAGUAGGUAGUAUAUUAUAUACAGAAUAUGCAAUACCAAUGAUAUUAAUAGGUAUAAUAUUAAUAUUAGCAGUUAUAGGUGCGAUAGGAUUAACUAAAUAG